AUGGGCGGAAUAGACUUUGUGGGAGCACGAAUCAGAUCCAGUAAAUGUCUCACAAAACCACCCGAUCGAGGCAUCAAUUUGGCCGUUGCCCGAAUUGUGAUUGGGCGCUACGGUCGAGCAUCGCCGCUCGACGAAACCGAAGCUGAUGGCCGAGCGUUGUGGCAUUCCUUGACAGACCUCUUUCGCCACACGAACGUUUUCGAUCCUCUACGAGUACUCUUGUCGGACAUGUCCAACAUCGACUUCAAAACUCCUCUUCUCGCAGCUGGGUUCUCCGGCGACCUUGUCAUUCCAUCAGACCCAGAUUACAAAGCAUCGCUCACCCGUUUUGCCAAGAACGCACAAAAAAAUGCCGGUCUCGUAGCAUUUGUCAAGUCUGCUGAAGACGUCUCACAUGUUAUCAAAUUUGCCUCCGCCAACUCGGUUCCUAUUGUCGUUCGCGGUGGUGGACACAGCACGUCUGGGAGUUCGUCCACCGAAGGCGGCAUUGUGAUUGAUCUCUCGAGACAUGUAAACAGUGUCCGAGUUGAUGAGGAAAAGCGGUUGGGCUAUGUGGGUGCGGGUGCGAGCUGGAGGGCUGUAGAUGAAGAGGCCAUCAAGCAUGGUCUCGCAACUGUUGGUGGCACGGUUAAUCAUACUGGUGUUGGAGGACUCACCCUCGGUGGUGGUUAUGGUUGGCUGACGGGUGAACACGGUAUGACGAUUGACAAUCUUGUCCAAGUCACGAUUGUAACUGCGGAUGGUACCAUCCACACCGUCAACGCCGAGACGGAUCCCGACUUAUUCUGGGCGAUUCGAGGUGGCGGACCCAACUUUGGUUGUGUGACCGAGUUUGUGUAUCGUCUGUACCCUCAACGACCCACCGUCUAUGCUGGCCCACUCAUCUACCCUCCUCCCAUGUUUGAGGCCGUCGUUGCUGCUGUGGGCGAGUGGUAUAGCACUGUGAGCGAGAAGGAGGCUAUCAUGAUGGUCACUACCUCUCGUGGUCCGACUGGGGACCCAGCUGUUGUCGUCUUUGUGUUUUAUAACGGUGAUGAAGAAGAGGGCAAGGUGAAGUUUAAGAAGCUCUUGGAUCUCG